AUGAUUAAAACAUUACGUCGGGAAAUAGAAGCAGAUAUGGGAAGGAUCAAUAAGAACUGGAAGCAGCUGGAAAGAAUUGCCCAGGACAGGGUUGGAUGGAGAAUGCUGAAGACAAAUCGAGUUAGGAGAAAACGUCGUUCUGUUGUUUUUGACGAGUCUGAUGAUCCUACGUCAUACGAUGGGAAUUCAGAUGAGAAAACUGAUCAUCCUCUUGAGAAUAUGGAGGAGCUAGAUCCUGAUAAAUCGACCGGAAAUCAGCAUACGGAAACAGGACACACAAAUAAUGUACAUGUAACUAGACGUCGUGGAAGACCUGCUCGUCUUCAUCGUGUAUAUAGUAGUCGUGGUCGUGGUCGUCGUUCAACGAAAUUUCUGUCAGAGAAAGUUAGUCAUUGUGAUAAAACUGUUGAACCGAGCUUAGAAGUUACUUAUGCAUCACCCGCAUCAGUAGAUAUGUCAUCGAUCAUAAUUCCUAAUAACAAACGACUAAGACUAUUCUACUAUGGACGGGGUCUAUUGCAACUGGCAUCGAACACUUCAAUAUUAUCCUCAAACGACGCAAUACAAAGAAAAGGUAGAGGUGUAAAGAAACUUGAAAUCGAACAAACAAGAAACAUGACCCUGGGGAACAGGAAAAUUAGCCAACUAGAUGUGAUCACAAUCAAUCAGAAAACAAAAACUGUUGAGGAAAUAUGGACCGGAAAAGAUGUCUCAAAGAGCCCAUGUGCACGAUUGGUUUGGAAUCAAGGUUUUCUAACGCCCCUAGGUGGACUCUCCUUGUCUACCAACCCGGUUAAAGUGCCGGACAUUCACUUUUCGUCCUCUCAAUUUCGUAAACAACAGUAA